AUGCUUUUUACGAUAUUUGUGUUAUUUUAUCUCGGGAGUAUUAUACGAUCCUCGGAAGGUAUGAAAUAUUCCGUAUAAUCCUUCUUCAUUUUAAUCACAUUUAAACAUGAUCAUUUUAUGGUGUAUUAUAUUCGUUGAUAAUUUUAAACGCAUUAAGUUACAAUUUUUGUUAUUUUAUUCUGUCUAUAGCGCCAUUUAUUAUAUCUAAAUUAUAUUAUAUAUAUUAAUUAUGUCUAUUAUUUUAUUAUAUCUAUAAUAGACAAUUCCCAUUAAUAGACUAAUUUUUAUCUUAGCAAGAAACAAAAAAAAGUAUACAAAAAAAAGUAAACAUACUAAAAUUAGUAAAAUUGCAAAGUUUGGUUGCAAAAUGUUGUAAAAUGCGGAAAAUAUAGCCUUGCAAGUUUUGUAUAUACUUUGUAUUGCGUGCGGAACCGAAAAUGGUAGCAAUUUCCGCACGCAAUGCAAAGUAUACAAAAUUUGCAAACUUUGCAAGGCUAUAUUUUCCGCAUUUUACAACAUUUCGCAACCAAACUUUGCAAUUUUACUAAUUUUAGUAUGUUCUUUCUAUAGCUGUGGUGAUUGAUUUGCAUCUCUUUGCUUAGUUUUAAAAUUACUCCAUAAUGGAAAUUGUCUACUGAUUGGCUUACACCAAACGACUUGUCUCGAAAUUCAUUUUUAGGAUCACCCAAGUCGAGAUGUGCUGUUGUGAUAUUCGUCAACCAAUCAUCGUUUAAUAGCGAGGCAGAUUUCUCAGAAUAUGUGGAUAAUAUUCGAGGCCUUUCCAGUAACCAUAGUAGCGGCGUAUAUUUCUCCAAAGAUCCAGAGUUAUUUCAAGUGAGACAUGGGAGUUUUAUUAAUGCCCCCGGAUUGUUUGCGUUGGAGUCGCGGAGAUAUCCAGGAAAAUAUUUACGAAGAGAAAAUCACACGAUAAUCUUGGAGGAAAAACAGUCGACCGAGGACUUCAGUAAGUUUAGCAAAGGAAGAAUUACAGAAUAUAACAUAAUAUAAAUAUACUCCCUUUUCUCUUCGGUGCCACUCCUCUGCCGUAUACUCAACUUACCAGUUACCAAAACCAAAAACGUCCCCAAAAGUUGUUUCUCAUACCGCGGAGUAAUCUCGGCUCGUGAAAUCGUAGACAAUGGCAACCUCGUUCCCAGGCCCUUCCUGGGAACGAGGUUGAGACAUUGAACUAUAAAUAAACUGGAAGGCUAACUCAGGGGGGGAAAUUGAAGCCAGUGCAUUUAAGUUUUUCUGAGUUAUGAGCAGAAAUACUCAACACUGAACGUUGGGCUAUAUAUCAAAUUAAAGCUAUUGAAAAACGCUAUUUGGUGUAGAAAUUUCAAGAUUUUAGCUAAAAGGAAAGUACUGAAAAAUUACAAACAUAAUUACCGAUAAUUUGCCGUUUUGCAGUUGUUUUUGUAUUUUUUAAAUAUUUUUCUUUUCGCUGAAGUCUUGAAAUUUCCACACCGAAUAGCAAUUUUCAAUAGCUUCAAUUUGAUAUAUAGCCGAACGUUUGGGGUCAAGUAAUUCUGCUCAUAACUCAGAAAAACUAUUUUGGCUUCAUCAAAUCAUAGGCCUUCAUCAUAGCAGUUAACCUUCCAGUUUAUUUAUAGUUCAAUGGGUUGAGACAAUGGAUGAUUCCAGCUAUAGACUAAAUUUUGAUCAAGGCAAGAAGAACGAAAUCCAACACCACAGCUAGAAAGAGCGUCUUAGAAUGAGUAAAACUGCAAAGAUUGGUUGCUAAAGGUGGGAAAAUGAAGAAAAUAUAGCCCUGUGAAGUUCGCAAAUUUUGUAUAUAUUUGUAUUACGCGCGGGAAUAAUAACCACUUUCGGCCGAAAAAUGGUUAUUUUUCCGGUGUAUAAUGCAAAUAUAUACAAAAUUUGCGAACUUCACACGGCUACAUUUUUCUCUUUUUACAACAAUUCGCAACCAAACUGUGCAAUUUUACUCAUUUUAAAAUGCUCUUUCCAGCUAUGGUAAUGGUUUCGUUCUUCUUCUCUAGAUCAAAAUUUCCUCUGUAUCUGGAACCAUCUAUUAUAUAUAUAUAUAUUUUCAAUUCAUUCAAGCUAUUAAUUCAGAACAGGUAAAAUUAAUGAUGGAAACAUCAGUGCAAAAUUUAUUUGCAAUGGAAACAUGUUGUUGGCUGUUAUAAUGUUUAGAAAUACCUUCUUGUAUAAAUAUCUUGCAUGAGUAUUGAAAUUUUUGCGCCUUAAUAUAAUUUGUAUCAUUCUUAGAUUUUUACUCAAAUUAAUUCAUGUAAAUAGAUUAAAGCAUGCAUGGCCCUUUGAAAAACAGGAAACUGAAAGGUCACUGUGCGUAAAUAUAUUUGAAGAAGAAGAAGGAGAAGAAGAAGAAGAAAUAAUGACUGAUCCCUAAUUGUCAUUGUGCCACAGAAACCCGAGGCAGAAAUGUGAAAGUUAUCCAGUGUAAAUAAAGCCGUGAAUUUUAUUUGGAAGAGUCUAGUGCGUGAAUGUGUUAACUUUUGUGUGGAGCUCGGUGGGGGCAGGCCACGCUCUGCCGAAAGUCAUGGGUUUUCUCUGGGCGCUCCGGUUUUCUCCCACAGGGAAAGUUGACAGGGUGGGUUAGGAUAAACACAGUUAAAUGAAAGUAAUAUCCAAGGUGUCCGCGGGCCUUGAAAAUCCUGGAAAGUCAUUGAAUUGGAAAAGUGCCUAUGACACGAAAUUUCACCCCAAAUGUUUAUGGUUGCAUUGUAAAGAUCACUUAAAAUGACUUAAUAAUUUAUUUUAUAGAAUUUUGGUAACUUGCUUCAUUUUCAAGAUAUUCAACUUUGUUUCAUAUGCAAAUAUCACCGGUGUGACAUCACAUCACAUAAUGAGUUUUCAGAAAAGUAUAGUUUUCUUAAAGAAUACGUAUCCAAAAAACUUAAAAAUUGCCCUUGUAUAUGUAUUAAUUUCAUAACUGGUAAUUAACCCACUGUAUUUGUUUGUAAAAAUAUUUUAUCAAGGUAAAAUAUUGCGUUUUCAAAAUGUCAUUAUGCGAUGUGAUGUCACACCGGUGAUAUUUGCAUAUGAAACAAAGUUGAAUAUCUUGCAAAGGAAGCAAGUUACCAAAAUUCUAUAAAAGAAUUUAUUAUAUGACUUUUUAAAAUUCUCUAUUCUGAUUGGUUGACAAGCGGUCCGUAAAAACCCAUAUCCGGACCGUGGUCCGUAUUUUCCGUAUCUGGACCGGUGUCCCGGAUGUCGUUUAUCUGGCGGGAAAUUUUUGCUUUGCAAACAGAAAAAAAUUUUGCUUUUUAAUUUUCCAAUUGUGUGUCAUUAAUAUGUAGAGAUAAAAAUGUCAAACAACCAAAUUGUUUUUGAUUGAGCAUGCAUGCCUACCGUAUAUUGUUACCCAGUGAAACUGACGAUAGCCGAUUUAAUUCGCGCGAAAAGCAUAUGCUCACAGUUCAGCCAUAUAAAAAAACGACUAUUGACCUCGCUUGUUCGGUCUGUACUGUGAAAUAUAAGACCUCUGUUUUUUUGCAUGGACCUCGCUCCUUCGUCGCUCGGUCCAUACUAAAAAACCUCGGUCUGAUAUUUCAAGCGAGGUCAAUAAGCCGUUAUUAUUAAGUCAUUUUAAGUGAUCUUUACAAUGCAAUCAUAAAAAAAUGGGGUGAAAUUUCGUGUCAUAGGCACUUUAAAAUAGCCUAUAGGCUAAGUAUGUAAUUAGGUAAGCGUGUAAUACUUGAUAUAAAGCGCUUUUGAUCACAUUCACAUGUAAUGUUGCGCUAACGAAAUGUUAAUCUUGAUCUUUUUUCCUUUUCCAGAAAAUGACGCAACAUUUUUAAUGGAUCAUGCGGAGAGGAAAGAAACGUACACAACUUUUAAAUUGUUCUCACACCGCUCUUGGAAACUGUCCACACCUCUGGAUCCCCGCGCUCCGCUCUUCUUUGAUGACUAUAAAGACAAUAUAGCGCGUUCCCUCACUUCCGAACUCCUUGUCGUGGCUCAACCAUGCCCACAGAACGAGACAAAACAAGGUACACUACAACACUGUUCAGAAAUGAAAUGCCACUAAUGUUUCAGACGGCGCUCUAUGGUUUCCUAAUGUGUGCAGCUAUGGGCUGAAUAAAACAUGACUAUCCAGAAUUUUAUAUGUUUUCUCUAGUGGUGAAGUCAUCCAAACCCAAACCAGUUGUACAACCAAUUAGCCUUUCUCACGAUGACGAAUAUCCGUCAUUUUUGGGUGGCAUCUAAUUCUCGUUAACCAAUGCAGACAAUUAAAAUAAUAUGAAAAGCAAUUUUUCAAAAUAAACUAACCAUUUACAAAGCAAAUUUACCAUCAUUCGUCAAAAAAAUUAUAAAAAGCCGCUGUUAUAUGGACUUAUCUCGCAGACUUCGGCUGAAAUGCCACUCCGAAAUGGCGGCGUGAGAAACGCUAAUCGAAUCAGAGUCAGGCAUGAUUGAAAUCAUGACUUUGAGACAUGACUAUUAGAAAUUUUAUGUUCUUGCUGUAGUUAUGAAGUCAUCCAAGCCCAAACCAUUUUUAAAACCAAGUGAAGCACAAUCAGGUAUGAUUGUAAUCUUAAAACCAUGCAGAAUAUCAAAAACUGAGACGCGACUCAGAGACAUGACUAUCAAAAAAUUCAUGUUCUUUCUGUAGUGAUGAAGUCAUCCAAGCGCAAACCAAAUGUACAAUCAAAUGAACUAGAAUCAGGUAUAUGAUUGAAAUCUUAAAACCAGAGUAUCAAAAACUGAGAGUCUGACACACAACUUUGGGACAUGAUUAUAAAAAAAAUUAUGUUCUUUCUGUAGUGAUGAAGUUAUCCAAGCCCAAACCAAUUGCACAACCAAAUGAACUAGAAUCAGGUAUAUGAUUGAAAACCAGAGUAUCAAAAACUGAGACACAACUUUGAGACAUGACUAUCAAAAAUGUUAUGUUCUUUUUGUAGUGAUGAAGUCAUCCAAGCCAAAACCAAUUGCACAACCAAAUGAACUAGAAUCAGGUAUAUGACUGAAAUCUUAAAACCAGAAUAUCAAAAACUGAGACACAACUUUGAGACAUGACUAUCAGAAAUUUUAUGUUCUUUCUGUAGUGAUGAAGUUAUCCAAGCCAAAACCAAUUGCACAACCAAAUGAACUAGAAUCAGGUAUAUGACUGAAAUCGUAAAACCAGAAUAUAAAAAACUGAGACAUGACUAUCAGAAAUUUUAUGUUUUUUCUGUAGUGAUGACGUUAUCCAAGCCCAAACCAAUUGCACAACCAAAUGAACUAGAAUCAGGUAUAUGAUUGAAAUCUUAAAACCAGAAUAUCAAAAACUGAGACACAACUUUGAGACAUGACUAUCAAAAAUGUUAUGUUCUUUCUGUAGUGAUGAAGUCAUCCAAGCCCAAACCAAUUGUGCAACCAAAUGAACUAGAAUCAGGUAUAUGAUUGAAAUCUUAAAACCAGAAUAUCAAAAACUGAGACACAACUUUGAGACAUGACUAUCAAAAAUGUUAUGUUCUUUCUGUAGUGAUGAAGUCAUCCAAGCCCAAACCAAUUGUGCAACCAAAUGAACUAGAAUCAGGUAUAUGAUUGAAAUCUUAAAACCAGAAUAUAAAAAACUGAGACAUGACUUUGAGUGCUAUCAGAAAUUUUAUGUUCUUUCUGUAGUGAUGAAGUUAUCUAAACCCAAACCAUAUUUAAAACCAAGUGAACCACAAUCAGGUAUGAUUGUAAUCUUAAAAUCAGAAACAGAUCUGAAACCUUUAACGUAG